ACACGGCGGAGCGGCGGCGGCCGCGCUCGGGGGGCGCGCGGCGGCGGCGGCGGCGGCGGCGGCGGCGCGGCGCGUGAGGGGCCGCCUCGGGCCGAGCGGGCGCCGCCAACAUGUCGGAUACCAAGGUAAAAGUUGCCGUCCGCGUCCGGCCCAUGAACCGGCGAGAACUGGAACUGAACACCAAGUGCGUGGUGGAGAUGGAAGGCAAUCAGACGGUCCUGCACCCUCCUCCUGCUAACACCAAACAGGGAGAAAGGAAACCUCCCAAGGUUUUUGCCUUUGAUUAUUGCUUUUGGUCCAUGGAUGAAUCUAAUACUACAAAAUAUGCUGGUCAAGAAGUGGUUUUCAAGUGCCUUGGGGAAGGAAUUCUUGAAAAAGCCUUUCAAGGGUAUAAUGCUUGUAUUUUUGCAUAUGGACAGACAGGUUCAGGAAAAUCCUUCUCCAUGAUGGGCAGUGCUGAGCAGCUGGGCCUUAUUCCAAGGCUCUGCUGUGCUUUAUUUAAAAGGAUCUCUCUAGAGCAAAAUGAGUCACAGACCUUUAAAGUCGAAGUAUCCUAUAUGGAAAUUUAUAAUGAGAAAGUUCGGGAUCUCUUAGACCCCAAAGGGAAUAGACAGUCUCUUAAAGUUCGAGAGCAUAAAGUUUUGGGACCAUAUGUAGACGGUUUAUCCCAGCUGGCUGUCACUAGUUUUGAGGACAUUGAGUCAUUGAUGUCGGAGGGAAAUAAGUCCCGGACGGUAGCCGCGACCAACAUGAAUGAGGAAAGCAGCCGCUCCCAUGCUGUGUUCAACAUCGUAAUCACACAGACACUUUAUGACCUGCAGUCCGGGAACUCGGGAGAGAAGGUCAGUAAGGUCAGCCUGGUGGACCUGGCGGGUAGUGAAAGAGUGUCCAAAACAGGAGCUGCAGGAGAGCGACUCAAAGAAGGCAGCAACAUUAACAAGUCACUUACAACCUUGGGGUUGGUGAUAUCAUCACUGGCUGACCAGGCAGCUGGCAAGGGCAAAAACAAAUUUGUGCCUUACCGAGAUUCAGUCCUCACUUGGCUUCUUAAGGACAAUUUGGGAGGCAACAGUCAGACCUCUAUGAUAGCCACCAUUAGCCCAGCAGCAGACAACUACGAAGAGACCCUCUCCACCUUGCGAUAUGCAGAUCGAGCCAAAAGGAUCGUUAACCACGCCAUCGUGAAUGAGGACCCCAAUGCCAAAGUCAUCCGGGAACUGCGCGAGGAAGUAGAGAAACUGAAGGAGCAGCUCUCGCAGGCUGAGGCUAUGAAGGCCCCUGAACUGAAAGAGAAGCUCGAGGAGUCUGAAAAGCUGAUCAAAGAGCUAACAGUGACUUGGGAAGAGAAGCUGAGGAAAACAGAAGAAAUCGCACAGGAGAGACAACGACAACUCGAAAGUAUGGGGAUUUCCCUGGAGACGUCGGGUAUCAAGGUCGGGGAUGACAAGUGCUACUUAGUCAACCUGAACGCAGACCCUGCUCUCAAUGAACUUCUGGUUUAUUAUUUAAAGGACCAUACCAGGGUGGGUGCAGAUACGUCACAGGACAUCCAGCUGUUUGGGAUAGGAAUUCAGCCAGAGCACUGUGAGAUAGAUAUUGCGUCUGAUGGCGAUGUUACUCUGACUCCGAAAGAAAAUGCCAGGUCCCGUGUGAAUGGCACUCUUGUGUGCAGCACCACCCAGCUGUGGCACGGUGAUCGAAUCCUCUGGGGAAAUAACCACUUUUUUAGAAUUAAUUUACCUAAGAGGAAACGGCGAGAUUGGUUGAAAGACUUUGAAAAGGAGGCAGGCCCACCAGAGCAUGACCUGGACGCAGCCAGUGAAGCUUCCUCCGAACCAGACUAUAACUAUGAAUUUGCACAGAUGGAAGUUAUCAUGAAAACCCUGAAUAGUAAUGGUGGCUUCCCGAUCCUAAGCCUGUCUGCCUGGUGGUCGUCCCCCUGGUGGUCCUAUUUGAAGAUUCUCUUCCCUCUCAUGUGGUUUCAGACGAAGCUCCUCCACAGACACUGGGAUAAAGACCCAGUGCAAAAUGUGGUUCAGGUGCUGGAGAAACAGUACCUGGAGGAGAAGAGGAGUGCCCUCGAGGAGCAGCGGCUCAUGUAUGAGCGGGAGCUGGAGCAGCUCCGUCAGCAGCUGUCCCCGGAACGGCGGCCCCCGAGCAGCGGCCCUGACCGCCUGGCCUACAGCGGCCAGACGGCUCAACAGAAGGUGACCCAGUGGGCAGAGGAGAGGGAUGAGCUCUUCCGUCAAAGCCUGGCAAAGCUGCGCGAGCAGCUCGUGAAAGCUAAUACCUUGGUAAGGGAGGCAAACUUCUUAGCUGAGGAAAUGAGCAAGCUCACUGACUACCAAGUGACUCUGCAGAUCCCUGCCGCAAACCUCAGCGCCAAUAGGAAGAGAGGAGCCAUCGUGAGUGAGCCAGCUAUUCAAGUGAGGAGGAAAGGAAAGGGCACCCAAGUUUGGACCAUUGAGAAGCUGGAGAAUAAAUUAAUUGAUAUGAGAGACCUUUAUCAAGAAUGGAAGGAAAAAAUUCCUGAGGCAAAGCGUCUCUAUGGGAAACGAGGUGACCCUUUCUAUGAAGCCCAAGAGAAUCACAACCUAAUUGGCGUCGCUAAUGUGUUCUUGGAGUGUCUCUUCUAUGAUGUGAAACUUCAGUAUGCAGUUCCUAUCAUCAGCCAGCAGGGGGAGGUUGCCGGGCGUCUCCACGUAGAAGUGAUGCGAGUGACAGGGGCCGUCCCGGAGCGCGUGGCGGAGGAUGACUCCUCGGAGAACUCCAGCGAAGGCGGGAGCCUUGAAGUCGUGGACAACAGUGGGGAGGUCGUUCACCGGGUCAGGAAACUGACAUGCCGGGUAAAAAUUAAAGAGGCAACUGGGCUGCCCUUAAACCUCUCAAAUUUUGUCUUCUGUCAAUACACAUUCUGGGACCAGUGUGAAUCUACGGUGGCAGCCCCAGUGGUGGACCCCGAGGUGCCUUCCCCUCAGUCCAGGGACGCCCAGUACACCGUCACUUUCUCUCAUUGUAAGGACUACGUGGUGACGGUGACAGAGGAGCUCCUGGAGUUCCUGUCUGACGGAGCCCUGGCCAUUGAGGUGUGGGGCCACCGCUGUGCUGGGAACGGCAGCUCUGUCUGGGAAGUCGACUCCCUUCAUGCGAAGACGAGAACAUUGCAUGACAGGUGGAAUGAGGUAACACGGAGAAUAGAGAUGUGGCUCUCCAUACUGGAAUUGAACGAGCUAGGAGAAUACACAGCAGUGGAGCUUCACCAGGCAAAAGAUGUCAACACGGGAGGCAUCUUCCAACUCAGACAGGGUCAUUCCCGGAGGGUGCAAGUCACAGUGAAACCCGUGCAGCAUUCUGGGACACUACCACUCAUGGUCGAAGCCGUCCUGUCUGUCUCCAUUGGGUGCGUCACUGCCAGGUCCACCAAGCUGCAGAGAGGGCUGGACAGUUACCAGAGAGAUGAUGAGGAUGGUGAUGAUAUGGAUAGUUAUCAGGAAGAAGACUUAAACUGUGUGAGAGAGAGGUGGUCUGACGCACUCAUCAAACGACGAGAGUACUUAGAUGAGCAGAUUAAAAAAGUCAGCAAUAAAAAAGAGAAGACGGAGGACGACGUGGAGCGGGAAGCCCGGCUUGUGGAGCAGUGGGUGGGCCUGACCGAGGAGAGAAACGCCGUGCUGGUGCCUGCCCCCGGCAGCGGGGUUCCGGGGGCGCCCGCCCACUGGGUCCCACCACCUGGAAUGGAAACUCACAUACCGGUUCUCUUCCUUGAUCUGAACGCCGAUGACCUCAGUGCUAACGAGCAGCUCGUGGGCCCCCACGCGUCGGGCGUCAACUCCAUCCUGCCCAAGGAGCACGGCAGCCAGUUUUUCUACCUGCCCAUCAUAAAGCACAGUGAUGAGGAGGUUUCAGCCACAGCCUCCUGGGACUCCUCAGUGCAUGAUUCCGUUCACCUGAAUAGGGUCACGCCGCAGAACGAAAGGAUUUACCUGAUAGUGAAAACCACGGUCCAGCUCAGCCACCCGGCUGCUAUGGAGUUAGUAUUACGAAAACGGAUUGCAGCCAAUAUUUACAACAAACAGAGCUUCACCCAGAGUCUGAAGAGGAGAAUAUCAUUGAAGAAUAUAUUUUAUUCCUGUGGUGUAACCUAUGAAAUAGUAUCCAAUAUACCAAAGGCAACAGAGGAGAUUGAGGACCGGGAAACCCUGGCUCUCAUGGCAGCAAGGAGUGAAAAUGAAGGCACUUCAGAUGGGGAGACCUACAUAGAGAAAUACACGCGUGGCGUGCUGCAGGUGGAGAACAUUCUGAGCCUUGAACGGCUCCGGCAGGCGGUCACGGUCAAAGAAGCUCUGUCCACCAAAGCUCGGCACCUGAGGAGGAGUCUCAGCACACCGAACGUUCAUAAUGUCUCCUCCAGUCGACCAGACCUUUCUGGCUUUGAUGAAGAUGAUAAGGGUUGGCUAGAGAACCAAUUAGACAUGUCUGACUAUAGCUCCAGUUACCAAGAUAUAGCCUGUUACGGAACUUUACCCAGGGAUUCGCCUCGAAGGAGUAAAGAAAGUAGUGGUUGUCCAUCAGAGAACCCCCACGCCUUAACAGUCAGUCCUUUUAAAGCAUUCUCUCCCCAGCCACCAAAGUUUUUCAAACCCUUAAUGCCUGUAAAGGAGGAACACAAGAAAAGGAUAGCCCUUGAAGCGAGGCCGCUCCUCAGCCAGGAGAGCAUGCCUCCACCUCAGGCACGUAGCCCGGGCUGCACUGUGCCCUCCGGAGGCGAGGGCAGCAGUAUACCAGUAGAACACAGUAGCAAGCACGAGAAGGAGAUUAUUCUGAAGUUAAUCUACCUAGAGGAGUUGCACCUACUUGGAGUCCCAACCCCACUGGUGUCGGUCUUGCUUUGGGGAUGACUUAUCUGUACUUCAUCCACAGCAUGGCUGACCCCGUCCAAGGACUCAUUGGUGUGAGGUCCUCUAACGGCUCUAAAACGUGCUGCUGAUGCACAACCGGAAGUUACCCUGGAGAUGUGGUCGGCCACCCACCUGCAUGCGUGGAGUGCUAGCAGAUCUUCAGAAAUGACCUUCUCAUUACUCCUGUCCACUGAGGACAGAAGAGAAGACACCAUUUCCCCCGCACCUCUGUCCCUCUCCCCACCAUUGCCUCUGUGUUCCCCUGGCCCCUCUAUCCCAAGUCCCCAUCGCAGUUCCUACUGCAGAAGAGGGUGAACGUCAACAGCUGCCCAUGUAUCUCUGGAUCCUAAUGAACUGCUCAGUCACUUACUUGACCUCCCCCCGCUUAGUUAAUAAAGCUGCGGCAUGGGCUAAAAAAGGCCAACUGGCCAGUUCGUUAUCCCUUCAAACUCUCUGGCUCUCUGGCUUAUUGGAUCUGUCUGUUGGUUGAUGUGGAACUUGCCACCAUGUUGCAUGGCUACUAAAUUUAAACCUCUGUUACUGACACAUUUUGGUAGAACAUCCCAUUGAGAGACUGCUGGAUGACCCUUCUGGAUCUGCCCAGCAGAUGGCUUCACUGUUGACAGAGUUUGCCUCAUCGUUUACUUUCCUUGUAAUGUUUUUAGAUAAAACCCAUCUCAGGACUUUCAGCUAGCAGAGGGUAGGAUAGAACGAGCUUCUCAUAACUUAGCAACUCCUAAGCAGCAGUUAGGCUCUGUGUGAUCAAACACACCUUGAAGUCUGCUGAGCAGGGUUUGAUGGUAUCAUCUUCCUUGCUGGAAUCUUGAGAGAUCUGCCUCUACUCGCCUUAGAAUCUGGCUCAAAACAACAACAACAAAAUUAAAAGAAAAAUGAGAAAGAAGGGUGCUUGGUUGGCUCAGUCAGAAGAACAUGUGACUCUUGAUCUCUGGGUCAUUGAGUUCCAGCCCCAAGUUGGGUGUAGAAAUUGCUUAAAUAAAUAAAACCUAAAAAAAUUUUUUUUUAAAUAAGAGAAAGAUAUCUGUCUCAAUACUCUUCAUCUUUGAAACUAUUGAACUGUUUGAUUUAUUUCAGAUAGCAGCUUUUCCAGGAUGUUUUGGUAGAUUUUAACAGUCUUAAUUGCUUGCUCUGAGGUUCUGGUUCUCUUCGGGAAGCUUUCAUUUUAUUUCUCCUCUUACAAAUGGGCAUAAACUGCUUUAUUACGUUGUUCCCCAUUCACUCUCCUUCCUUUUCCAUUCUUGAAAAAUCAAAGUGUGAAUCAGUGGUUUGGUCUGAUCAAAGGAGGUUGAAAUCAUUUUUCACAGUUUCACAUAAAAUAGAGUAUUAUAUAGCUCCCUUAAUUCUUAAAGCAGAGUUUGUUGUCUCAUCAAUUUGGGAAGAUACACAAAUGUACUUCAUCUCUUGUUUGAAUAAGAUAAAGACAAUAUGCCUUUGGAGUCCAUCUUUUUUUUAAGUCAUGAAGCAGAAGAGUGUAAAGGAAAUCACUUCUCCCUUGGGUCUUGCAUAGACAGCAUAUGGUUUAUUUCUCCAUUUUACAGAAGAAACAAAGGACUUGAUGAGUGGCUUGCCUCAGGGUCUCACAGUUAAUGAGAGCAUAAGAACAAAGACCCCAUCCCUCAGCAGAAUUGGGCUGACCCCACUGACUCCAGGUGCUCCCCAAAAUAGUGCAGUUUCAAUUGCCCUACUGUUGUUUCUAGAAAGGGCUGCCAGCAUCUUAGUACCAUGGACAGAAGUUCUGGGGCCCUAGGCUAAUACAGUCCUUCCAAAAAGAGACCGUCUUCCUAAGGGACAACACAGACUCCAUCCCAGUAGAAGUGAAAAUGACUUUAAUUAAGUGAAACUCCUUGCAGGGAGUCACUGCUUUCGUGGGGGUUUUGAUCCCUUUUUAAAAUCAAGCUGUUUUGUCUGUAGGUAAAUACCAGUUGCAUAAACUUAAUUGCAAAAAACAAAUCAUGAAGACUGUAGCUAUAGAAGGGCUUGAGAACUUGACUCCAUGCUUCACUUUUAGGUAGGGUUUUAAUUCUUUGUAUCAUUAAGACAUAGUAGAAGGUGCUAAGCUUAGUCUCCUUUCAGAUACAAUGAUAAAUAUUUCUGGAGUAGAAGGUCUAUCUAACCAGAUUCCCUUAAGGUACAGUUUGAACCAAUUAAGUGCUCUCUUUUUCCCCUUGAAGGCAAUAACUUGAUAAACCUUCAGUCUGUUUACCUGUUGGGAAACGUUUCAUCUCUACUAAGUUUUCUUUUUUUCUGGAAUUACUUGUCCCUACUCCGCUAGCCUCUCUCUUUGGGUCAUUCCCCUUCUCCCAUUCCCAUCCCAAGUGUACAACUGUGUACUGAUCCCUAUUGGAACUUAAUCUCUUGGGGGGUUUGUAGACUGUUCAGUUUUUCCUAAGCUCAUUCUCAUCCUUUAGGAAUAAUUUUUUAUCUUCAUGUGUUUGACAAAUGUGCAUGCACCUGUUUCUACACAAUAAAUUCAUGAUUGAAUAUUUCAUUCAGCAAAGCUGUAUUUUAGGAUGACAGGCCUUUCCUCAGUCUUCAGAAGAAAUAACUCCAGGCAUAAAAGGAGCCCCAAAUUACUAAUUCUCACAUUCUGAUUUGGUUUUUCUUGCAGCAACUAACUUUUCAGUAAUUAAUUGCAUCAAAGACUCCUGGGCUUGGGGAAUUAUAUAUCUUUGCCAGCUUAAAUCAGAAGGAAAUAUGGGGGCGGGGGCACCUGGCUGGCUCAGUCGGGAGAGUAUGCAACUCUGACUCUUGAUCUCAGGUAGUGAGUUCGAGCCCCACGUUGGGCAUGGAGCCUACUUAAAAAGGAAAAAAAAAGGAAAUAUAAAGAUGCAAACACUAGACGUUCAAUUUUCAGUCUAAACAUGUCAAGUAGAGAAUGUAGAAAAUACAGGCAAAAGCUACUGAUUCAAUUCUGUCCAAUCUUUGCUCCUUUCCAAACAUUCUCCCCACCCCCUCUUUUGACAGUGCUACCUAAUGUGAAAUGUAGCUAAAAAUAAGAUGGCAAGAUUAGUGUUGCCAAAAUUUUGUUUUGCUAAUUUCUGGAAUUUUUUAUCGCUGAUAUUUGAUAGUCACCUUUGAUUAAUAGCCAUGGAAUUAAGACACCUGAUGCUUUUAUGUAAUGUAUAUUCAAGUUAUUUUAAAAACUAAGGAGCACUGAAGAGCAUUAAGGUAUUGAUUUAGGUAGUUAG